UAAAUUUUGUUUCAGGAAGGUCCGACCUCCACAGCCCGAAUCGCGAGCCCAAUUAUAAGAAAAGGUCCAGAAUUUACCAGCGAUGUUCCCACGCUAGGGUUUAACAAAGGGUUUUUUAUCGUUUGAAUCACUGUUCCAAAAAUGUCUUCUCUAAUGGCGAUUCGCAGAACUCGAGUCUCCAUUUUCACUUCUUCGCACAAGGUAUGUUUGUUAUACUCUUCUUCACGCUCUAUUUCCGAUAUCAAGCUCCCGAAAACCCUAACCUUAAGCUCCCCGCUUUCUUCCUUACAUUUGAAAACCCUAGCAACAUUUGCAGCACCAAAUGAUGCUCAAAUUCCUCCACAUCCUUCUGAGGUUCCGCAAAAUAAGGAUUUUGGAAGCUCUGCUCAACAGUGGAAUAACCAAACCCAGAAUUAUCCUAAUAAUAAUCAGAUGAAUAUGUCGUAUCCUCAGUAUCAAACUACUAAUCAGGUGAAUCAAGGUUAUCCAAAUUAUGGAAAUGUUAAUCCUGUUCAGGGAUAUUCCCAGAGCUUUCAGAAUCAGAAAAGCCCUAAUGUUCAAAAUCAGAGCAUUCCGUAUAGGCCGAGCUCUGGUGAGCCUCGAAACUACCCACCACCUGGGAAUGUUAACCAAUGGAAUUAUCAAAAUCAAGGCUUCAGACAACAUGGAACCCCGAAUGCGGCUCCAAGUUAUCCACAAGGUGGAUAUCAGAAUCCAGAACAUGCACAAAAUCCCAAUAGAAAUCAGAAUUAUCCACAGCCUGGUGCUGGUAAUCAGUGGAAUAAUCAGAAUCAAAAUUAUGCUCCACGAGUAAGCCCCAGUCAACUGGAUUCUCAGGCACAGAGGGUGCCACCAGGAAGUGGGUUUCCAAUGAAUAAUCAAUCUAAUAACCAAGCCCAGUUUGAGCAAAAUCAAGUCCCGAGUGGUCCUCCAUCUACUGUUGAUUUAAUAAGCUUGUGCCAAGAGGGUAAAGUUAAGGAGGUUAUUGAACAUAUGGAACAGGGGAUAGUUGCGGAUGCACAAUGUUUUGACAUGCUCUUUGAGUUGUGUGCCAAUUCAAAGAAACUUGAAGAUGCUAAAAAGGUGCAUGAUUACUUCUUGAGAUCAAAAUGCAGGAGUGAUCUUGGUUUGAGCAAUAAAGUUAUCAAUAUGUAUUCCAAGUGUGGGAGUAUGACAGAUGCACGCAGAGUUUUUGAUCAUAUGCGUGAUAGGAAUUUAGACUCAUGGCAUUUGAUGAUAAAUGGAUAUGCAUUGAAUGGGUUGGGGGAUGAUGGGUUGACUUUGUAUGAUCAGAUGCGGGAGUCGGGAAUGAAACCAAACGAGGAAACUUUCCUGUAUGUUUUCGAGGCUUGUGCCAGUGUAGAUGCUAUUGAUGAGGCUUUCAUGCAUUUUGAGUCAAUGAUGGCUGAGUAUGGAAUUUCUCCACAGGUGGAGCACUAUUUAGGACUUCUGGGUGUUCUAGGAAAAUGUGGACAUCUUGCUGAGGCAGAGGAAUAUAUCUCAAAGCUUCCAUUUGAACCAACAGAAGCCGUCUGGGAAGCAUUAAUGAAUUAUGCUCGUAUACAUGGCGAUAUUGAUCUUGAGGAUCGAGCUGAGGAGUUGAUGGUAGGACUUGACCCUUCUAAGGCUGUUGCUAAUAAGAUUCCCACUCCACCAGUAAAGAAGCAGUUAGCCAUUAAUAUGCUUGAGGGAAGAAAUAGAGUUGCUGAAUUUCGCAACCCAACCCUCUUCAAGGAUGACGAGAAGUUGAGGGCUGCGAUGAAAGAACAAGCUUACGUUCCUGAUACCAGAUAUGUCCUUCAUGAUAUCGAUCAGGAAGCCAAGGAACAGGCUUUGCUAUACCAUAGCGAACGUUUAGCCAUUGCAUAUGGUCUGAUUAGUACUCCUGCCAGAACACCUUUACGUAUCAUAAAGAAUCUCCGUGUAUGUGGUGAUUGUCACAAUGCCAUCAAGAUCAUGUCAAGGAUUGUUGGGCGAGAGUUAAUUGUCAGGGACAACAAGCGGUUUCAUCAUUUCAAGGAUGGAAAAUGCUCUUGUGGAGAUUAUUGGUGAAGUAUAGUGACUAAUCUGAGUAUACAUAGACUGGCUUCCACAAUUCUCAGGAUCAUCAAGAGUCUGUAUGUUGGGAUGAAUGUGAUGUUGAGAUCCCUUUAAGCUGGUUGUAGCUCUGUUCAGGGUCAUCUAUGAAUCCCCAAGGAUUUUUAUGUAUUGCUAAUUACAAUGCCGAAAAUCACCAUGUCUUGCAAGUUAUGCAUUGCUUACACCCUUGUGGAUAUCUAAGACUGUUCUAGUAGUUUGAAUCUGUUUAAGAGAUUAGUCAGCAAAGUGCCAGUCAAAUUAAUGAUCCAUUGUAUCUGCACAAUGUUAUCAAAUUGUUUUCUGGUUCUGUCACUUUAUAGGGAAAUGGAAUUUUUGACCAAUAUCAUCCUUUAUGUUUCUCCCUAACUUUGAGUAUAUUCUUGUAAUAUUUCAUUUAAAUGAAAUCAUCCUUUUAAGUUUCAUAAAGAAUUAUUUGAAUGGUUUUAUCUUAAUGUUGAUUUAUUUGUAGAAUUUGUUUUGGGUUAAUAUUAACCUAGAAGAAGAUGAAAAAACACACAAGUGUGACUGCAUUCAUGGUGUUCAUGUUAGCUUUUAUCGGGGGAAGCCAGUUAAAUCUGUGUUGCAAGUGUCAGGUUCUUAAAGUAUUAACUUUUCUUGAGCUUUCUCUGUUUUUAUGAAUGGGAAAGAUGGAGGCAUGACAUCGUUCAUCAUCAGAAGAUAUGUUGGCUUUGCUUUUGCAAGUCCUUGCUGCAGUGUCCAUAUGAGUUCUACUUGCCACUCUUUACAUAGAGAACUAGAGGGAGUUGAAGGGCAAAACUCUAGGAGUUCCCCUAUGUUUCCAUAUCCAUUCUCAAGCCAUCUUCAAUUAGUAGUUUUCUUUUCCUGUAUGAAUUAUGAGUAUUGAAUCUUUAUUUGACUCUAAUUCAUUGAUGUCCAACAAAUAUGGAAGGACAUUGGAGAAACUCAUAAAGACCGUAUGCUGCUGGAGCCGAAGAGAGUGUUUGGAAGUAUACCAAAGAAAAGAUAAAGAACCUAUCAAUACCAAAGCAUAUUUCAUCAAAAUCUGUUGCAGCCAAAUAAUCUGAGGGCAACCUUAAUGGCUGUUCUUUGUGUUAUUCAUACCAAUGAAUACCUUUAUGAAUGAAAUUGUGUUAUUUA